AUGGGAAAGGGAAAUGAAGACCCCGAUCUCCACUGCUCCUCCAUCCAGUGCUCCACUGACCAGCCCCCUUUCCAACAGAUCUCCUUUACAGAAAAGGGCUCAGAUGAGAAGAAACCAUUCAAAGGAAAAGGCAAGACCGCCUUCUCCCAUUCCAGUGAGAAGCACAUACAAAGGCAAGCAGAAUCAGAGCCCAAUCCAAACAAGGAGAAUUCUGAGGAAACCAAGCUCAAGGCCGGGAACAGCACUGCUGGAUCAGAACCAGAGUCCAGCUCAUACCGGGAAAACUGCAGGAAAAGAAAAAUCAGUUCCAAGGACAGCUGCCAAGACAGAGCAGGUAACUGUCCAGAAGAGGAGUGCAGCUUGACGUUGAAUAAAAAAUCAAGAUCCUCCACCGCUGUGCACAACAGUGAAAUCCAGGAGACCUGUGAUGCCCACCAUAGGGGACGUUCCAGGGUUCGCACUGGGCGCAGGGAGCGGCAUAGGUCUCAGGCCCUAGGAGUCCAAACACCGUCACUUCGAAAAAGCUUGGUGACCUCUGUGCGAGCUAUGUCAGAGGCUGUUUACCAAGACCUAGCCCAGGUGUGGGCACAGCAGAUCCAUUCUCCACUGAUCUGUGAGCAGCGGAUACUGCUCACUCAGCUCCGGGGGCCUCUGUGUGCCCAGGUGCAGACUUUGUAUUCCAUGGCCACCCAGGCAGCUUAUGUCUUCCCUGCUGAGAGCUGGCUUGUCCCAGCCACACUGCCUGGCCCUGGGGAUACAGCCUUGGAGAGAGAAAUCCAUCCUUCCCUGGGCAGGAGAUAA